GAAGUAACGUUAGCGUUUGGCACAAACCGGCUUCCUCUACUAGUGCUGCUUUCACCAGUGACCCAACACCAGGACUGCAAGUGAAAACAUGCUUCUGUGGGUGCUCUCCGGUCUGCUUCUGCUUUUUGGCAGCCUGGAUGUGUGGUACUUCUUGAGAGGCCUCCUGAUGAUCAUAACGUCCUUGUUCCAGAGCCCCCUGAAAGAUAUAACUGCUGAACACAUGAUAGAAGGGAAAGUGCUCCCCCAUGACAUAGACUACAUGGGCCACAUGAAUAAUGCCCGCUACUUGAGGGAGUGCGACUUUGCAAGGUUCUCCUAUUACACCCGCAAUGGGUUGUUUAUGGCCGCUCGAGCAAUGAAGGCCACAAUGGUCGUAGGAGCCAGCACCAUUCGCUACCGCAGGUCCCUGGCCCUGGGUGAGGCCUUCGAAUUGAGGAGUCGUAUCGUGACCUGGGAUGAGAAGUCUUUCUUCCUGGAGCAGCGUUUCGUGUCCAAGAAGGAUGGCUUUCUCUCGGCAGUCAUGUUCUGCAGGCAGAAUGUUGUUCGCAGCAGCCCCGAGAAGAUCCUGGAGCACCUUUGCAAGAGGAAGGUGGAAUGCCCUGCCGUCCCAGAGGAUCUCCAGCACUGGAUCAACUUUAUCUCUGCCAACAGCCAAGCUUUGAGGGCCGAGAGCGGACUGGAUGAAAAGACCAAUUGCAGCAACUUCGUAUCAGACUUUCAACUGGAAGAUGGCAGACGUGAUGCGAUUUUUAAGGAGGAAGACUGACCAAAGACUCCUUGAGCUCAGGGGACCAGACCAGAGAAGCACAGGAUUAAAAAAAAGAUAUUGUAGCUAUAAACUACUGAUCAGAAAUACAUUGAUGGGGAUGACUUAUAUCACAUUAUGAUACUUGAAUAUUGUCAUUGGCUUCAGUUUAAUGUAAUUUGCACUGAAACUGAAUGUAGUCAGAAUUCCAUAUUUAUUACCAGAGUUAUAAGAUUUGUUGUUCCUACUUAUUAUGUAAUACAUUAUUGUAAAUGGAAUUGAAGCACUUAAUGCAUUUUGGAAACAUUAAAUUAUAUUUCACAGAUUUAAUGUAAGUUACAUGUACUUCAUGCACUGUUUUUAUCUAAUUUAUUUUCCUGUUUUCAGUUGUUGGACUGUAUUGUGUAUACCUUUUACAAUUUGUGGGAUUCCUCUUAUUGUUUGCACAGAACUUGCAUGUUUGUGUACACUGUGUUGCUGUGCUUCUUUCUCAUUGAUGAAUGUCCUAGAAACUUAGCAUGCUCUUGAAGAUACUCUUUUCAACAUGUAUCUUGUGUUUCUUUUGGAAAGGCAUUUAAGGCAUAGGUUUCAGGUGAGGCAAUAAAACAAUGUGUGAGCAUUUGACUGAUUCA